AUGGCAGAUAAUGCGACCGUUCAGGUCUUACUUCUCGGAGACUGUGGAUGUGGGAAGACAACAUUUUUAUCACGGCUGAAAACACCAAAGCCACCCACCGAGACACUGCAGGAGAUAGAGAUAUCUCUGCUUAAAGACCAUGAUCAGCCGUUUCUAUACGACAUCAGGUUCUCCAAAAAGUCCUUUAGAGUGGAGGUUUACGAUACUGCUUCUCCAAACCAACACUGGUCAUCUCUACGGCCGGAUCUUGUCAUACUCGCGUAUGAUGUAUCCAAUAGAGCCACACUUGACAGCCUAAAAGGGUGGCGGAGCGAUAUCACCAGAUACUUCCAACGAGGCUCGGGCGAGCGCAUUCCUAUCAUGAUGCUCGGUCUAAAGCGAGAUCUCAGAGAAGAAAACGACCAGAUCAUAUAUCCUCAAGAGGCAUAUCGCAUAGCCCAAGAACUACAUUGUGACCGUUAUGCAGAAUGCUCUGCCAUUUCUGGAGAACUCAUCGCGGAAGCCUUUGAAGAUAUCGCAAAAAUGGCGGCGAUGACGACGACAGAAACGGGGGCACAGGGCGAAGGUGGUUGCACUGUUAUUUGA